AUGGAAGUAAAACAAGAAGAUAGUAAAAUUAAUUGUAAAGUAGAAAUAGAUAGUGAGGCAUAUGAUGUUCCUUGGGAUACUUUCAAAGCGCAAAUUAAAGAGGAAACAGCUGGCUAUUUAAAUUUAUUGGAAAGUCACUAUAUAAAGACAGAAAUAGAUGAUCUACUUACAGAAAGACAAAUAAAGGAAGAAGGUUCCCCUUACGAAGAUAUACAAACUGAUGCAUAUGAUGUACUGGAAGAAGAACAUGCUAUAAGUGACCGAAGUUUAAACCAAACUUUUACUGCCAUUACAAACGAAAACAUUGAAGGAAAAAAAUUACAUAUGACAGAACAAAUAGGCAAAAAAAUAUUUAUAUGUAACAUUUGCUCUAAACCAUUUUCAAGAAAUUAUUACUUAAAAAUUCACAUGAGGUUGCAUACUGGCGAAAAACCGUAUGAAUGUGAAAUUUGCACCAGACGGUUUACAAGAAGUGUUCAACUAAAAGAACAUAUGACGUUACAUACUGGAGAAAAUAUUUUCAAAUGUGAAAUUUGCAAUAAACAGUUUCUGCGAAACUCUCAGUUGAAAGAACAUAACAUAUUACACACUGGAGAAAAACCAUUUACAUGUGAAAUUUGCAAUAACAAGUUUUCACGAAGUUCUAGUUUAAAACAACAUAUGAGAUUACAUAAUGGAGAAAAUAUUUUCACAUGUGAAAUUUGCGAUAAACAGUAUCCACGAAAGUCUCAAUUAAAAGAACAUAUGAUAUUACACAAUGGAGGAGAACCAUUUACAUGUGAAAUUUGCAAUAACAAGUUUUCACGAAAUUCUACUUUAAAACAACAUAUGAGAUUACAUACUGGAAUAUGUAAUGUCACAUCUGAAAAGAUUUUCAGAUGUGAAAUUUGCGAUAAACAGUUUUCACGAAACUCUCAAUUAAAAGAACAUAUGAUAUUACACACUGGAAAAAAACCAUUUACAUGUGAAAUUUGCAACAAACAGUUUUUACGAAAUUAUAAUUUAAAAUUACAUAUGGGAGUGCACACUGCAGAAAAACCUUUCACAUGUGAAAUUUGCACUAAACAGUUUCGACAAAAGUAUAACUUAAAAGAACAUAUGAGAAUACAUACUGGAGAAAAAUCAUUUAGAUGUGAAAUUUGCAACAAACAGUUGGCACGAAAUGCUAGUUUAAAAGAACAUAUGAAAUUACAUACAUGUGAAAAGCUACGUAUGAAAAAACCCAUCGUCCCAAAAAUAUGCAACGUUUGCUGUAAACAAUUUUCAAAAAAUUAUGAAUUAAAAAUACAUAUGAGGGUGCACACUGGCGAAAAACCUUUUGCAUGUGAAAUAUGCAACAAGCACUUUGCACGAAGUUCCAAUUUAAAAGAACAUAUAAGAAUACACACCGCUGUGCACUAAACAGUAUACAGUGAUGAGUGCCUUACCACCCAACUUUUUAACGUAAGAGAUAGAAAACACAGUUACCUUGUGAAAUAAAAAGAGAU